CGCCGGGCGGCGCUGGAGCCCCGAGGGAGUCCCCCCCCGGCCUCCGCGGGGACGAUGGCGGAGGAAGAAGGACCAGCUAUAGAACUGCGCCAAAGAAAAAAGCCAAAGUCUUCAGAAAAUAAAGAAUCUGCCAAAGAAGAGAAAAUCAAUGACACUCCAGUUCCUGAAAGAGCUCCAAAAUAUAUAUUAUUUCAGCGCUUUGCAAAGAUAUUCAUUGGCUGUCUUGCAGCAGUUACUAGUGGUAUGAUAUAUGCGCUCUAUUUAUCAGCAUAUCAUGAACGGAAAUUCUGGUUUUCCAACAGGCAGGAGCUUGAACGGGAAAUCACAUUUCAGGGUGAUAGUGCCAUUUAUUACUCUUAUUAUAAAGAUAUGUUAAAGGCACCUUCAUUUGAAAGAGGUGUGUAUGAACUGACGCACAAUAACAAAACUGUAUCUCUGAAGACUAUAAAUGCAGUUCAGCAAAUGUCUCUGUAUCCAGAACUUAUGGCCAGCGUUUUAUAUCAGGCAACUGGUAGCAGUGAGAUUAUUGAGCCAGUAUAUUUCUAUAUUGGAAUUGUUUUUGGAUUGCAAGGAAUAUAUGUUACUGCUUUAUUUGUUACAAGUUGGCUUAUGAGUGGAACUUGGCUAGCAGGAAUGCUAACAGUUGCAUGGUUCAUUAUUAACAGGGUAGAUACAACAAGAAUUGAACACUCCAUUCCUUUAAGAGAAAACUGGGCACUGCCAUAUUUUGCAUGCCAAGUUGCUGCACUUACAGGCUAUUUAAAAAGCAACUUAAAUUCUUAUGGAGAGAGGUUUUGCUACUUGUUGAUGAGUGCUUCAACUUACACCUUUAUGAUGGUGUGGGAGUACAGCCACUAUCUCUUGUUUCUUCAAGCAAUCUCUCUCUUCUUGCUAGAUAGUUUUUCACUGGAGCAGAGUGACAAGAUUCAUGAAGUUUAUAAAAUCUAUAUAUUUUCUCUCUUUCUGGGAUAUUUACUGCAGUUUGAGAAUUCAGCUUUAUUGGUGUCUCCUUUAUUAAGUUUAGUAGUAGCCUUAAUGCUUGCUAAGUGCCUUCAGUUGAAUGUGAAGAAAGGAACUUUUGUGGCUAAAAUAAUGAAAGUGAUUAAUUUUUACUUGGUGUGUACUCUGACAGUGACAUUGAAUAUUAUAAUAAAGAUGUUUGUCCCACACAAAGAAAAUGGACAUAUGCUGAAGUUCCUUGAAGUAAAAUUUGGACUAAAUAUGACUAAGAAUUUUACAAUGAAUUGGCUCCUAUGUCAAGAAUCCCUUCAGGCACCGUCUCAAGAUUUUUUUUUGCGAUUGACACAGUCUUCUUUACUACCUUUCUAUAUUUUAGUGUUAAUUAUUUGUUUUCUUUCUAUGAUUCAAGUUAUUUUUAGGAGAAUUAAUGAUAAGUCCCUGAAAGAAACUGUCAGGCUUGAAGAUGGACGAAUUGGAGAAAGGCCAGAAAUAAUUUAUCAUGUGAUUCACACUAUUUUGCUGGGUUCUCUUGCAAUGGUUAUAGAAGGCUUGAAAUACCUAUGGACUCCUUAUGUGUGCAUAUUAGCCGCGUUUGGUGUAUGUUCUCCUGAACUUUGGAUGACACUUUUCAAGUGGCUUCGAUUACGAACUGUACACCCAGUAUUGUUGGCUCUUAUUUUGAGCAUGGCUGUGCCCACUAUAAUAGGUCUCAGCUUAUGGAAAGAGUUUUUUCCAAGAUUAAUGACAGAACUAAUGGAACUACAAGAAUUUUAUGACCCAGAUACGGUGGAACUUAUGACCUGGAUAAAAAGGCAAGCUCCAGUUGCAGCUGUGUUUGCAGGAAGUCCACAAUUAAUGGGUGUGAUUAAAUUAUGCACCGGAUGGAUGGUGACAAGCUUGCCUCUUUACAAUGAUGAUGAUCUUCUCAAGAGAAAUGAAAACAUCUAUCAAAUCUAUUCAAAGCGAUCUGCUGAGGAUAUUUAUAAAAUACUGACAUCGUACAAGGCUAGUUACCUAAUAGUAGAAGAUGCUAUCUGCAAUGAAGUGGGAACCAUGAGAGGCUGUCGGGUUAAAGAUUUAUUAGACAUUGCAAAUGGCCAUGUGGUUUGUGAAGAAGGUGACAAGUUAACCUACUCAAAACAUGGACGAUUUUGUCAUGAGGUCAAAAUUAACUAUUCUCCCUAUAUGAAUUAUUUCACUAGAGUGUACUGGAACAGAUCCUACUUUGUAUAUAAAAUCAACACUGUGAUAUCCUUUCAGUCUUGAAAAAUAGCAGAGCCUUCAUAUCAAAGACUUAUAUACCACCUGAAGUAAAAUACAGUUUUCUUCUACCUACGUGGUGUCUC